AUGCGCCGACACGCGCUGCGCUCCGCCGCCGGGCGUGCCGCCUCCUCCUCCCGAACCACCGCCGCUCUCCGUCUCCCCAUCCACGCCACAACACCAGCCUCCUUCUCGACAAGCCCCACCGGCCGAGGCGACGGCGAUGGCGACAGCAAAAACAGGGGCGCACCCCGACCCUUCGCCCAAUCCGAUGCUAUUCAGCGUCUGUCAAGACUGAACAGUAGCGGACCCAGGGCAGGCAACAUCAACAACAACAACGGGCUCGGGCAGCAGAACAGACCCGGCCCAGGCGCUCGCGCGGUGCGGCCACGGUUUGGGGCGGGUCUGCGAGGAGGGCGGUUUGGGGGCAUGGGUGGUCGAGGGGACCGAAGGGGUGGCUUUCGUCGUGACCGGAAGGGCGCGGGUGAUAAGAAACGAUCGAGAGGUCCGGAACCGCCGCUGGAAAUUGAUGAGGAGGCCCAGGCCUACCUCGAUCAGUUGGAUGUGGGCGAGGUGGUGCGGUUUGACCCGAAGGUGACGGCCGAGUCGCUGAUAGGGUACGGCGCGGCCGUUGCGACGGACUCGGGCCCCGGCCAGAUCGAGACGCUGCUUCGCAACAUGCGGCUCAUGUCGGGCGGUAUGGCGUUCAACGCACAUGCUGGCGUUACUACCGACUUGCACGAGGUUGCUAAGAAGGGCUGGUCGCAGACACCCGUCUUUGUGAACACCAUGGAGGAGAAGGCGUGGAUCCAUGAGGGCAGGCCCAAUAUCCGCCUUGUCACGCCGAGCGCCGAGCUCAAGAAGGCGAUCGUCGAGCCCGCGCUUCUUGGCAAGUAUAACGCCCCCACGUUUGCUGAGGCCGGCAACGUCGCGGCCACCGUCGCCAAUUACCACUCCCGCACAUUUACCUACACGGACGGGGACUCGAAGAAGUUCAUGGACAAGGUGCUCUCAUUGCUUCCACCUAGUAUGCGGGAACAGGGUGGGCCUCCUGCCCAGCCAAGGAAAUGA